AGUUACCGGGGCCGCAGAGACCUGCCUCUUCUCGACUUGAGGCGAUGGGAAGAGAGAGUUAUCCGCCAACCGCAGGGAAUGACGCGGGUGCCCCUACAGCCCCGGCUCCGGGCGAGGAGGGCGAGCCCCACAGCCGGCACCAAGACGCCCGCCUGGGCAGCACCGAUAAGGAGUUGAAGGCAGGAGCCGCCGCGGCGGACAGCGCCCCACAGCGGGGGCCACGGGUCGAGGUUAUGGAUGCAGCGGGCGGCUCCCGGAACCCGCUCCCAAGGCCCUGCCGAGUGCUGGUGCUGUUAAAUCCGCGCGGGGGCAAGGGCAAAGCCCUACAGCUCUUCCGGAGCCACGUGCAGCCCCUGCUGGCCCAGGCCGACGUCUCCUUCACGCUGACGCUCACUGAGCGGCCGAACCAUGCCCGGGAGCUGGUGCGGGCGGAGGACCUGAGACUUUGGGACGCGCUGGUGGUCAUGUCUGGAGAUGGGUUGAUGCAUGAGGUGGUGAACGGGCUCAUGGAGCGGCCUGACUGGGAGACCGCCAUCCAGAAGCCCCUGUGUAGCCUCCCAGCCGGCUCUGGCAACGCACUGGCCGCUUCUGUGAACCAUUAUGCCGGCUACGAGCAGGUGACCAAUGAAGACCUCCUGACCAACUGCACGCGGCUGCUGUGCCGCCGUCUGCUGGCGCCCAUGGAUCUGCUGUCCCUGCAGACAGCCUCCGGGCAGCGCCUCUUCUCCGUGCUCAGCCUGGCUUGGGGUUUCAUCGCUGAUGUGGAUCUGGAGAGUGAGAAGUUUCGGCGCCUGGGCGAGAUGCGGUUCACUCUGGGCACCUUCCUGCGCCUGGCGGCCCUGCGCACCUACCAGGGCUCCCUGGCCUACCUCCCUGUAGCGACGGUGGCCUCCAAGAUGCCCCCCUGCCCCGCUCGGGACCCGCAGGCCCAGCAGGGCCCUGUGGACGCCCACCUGGUGCCCCUGGAGGAGGCAGUGCCCUCUCACUGGACAGUGGUGCCGGAGCAGGACUUUGUGCUGGUGCUGGCGCUGCUGCACUCACACCUGGGCAGUGAGAUGUUUGCUGCACCCAUGGGCCGCUGUGCGGCCGGCGCUAUGCAUUUGUUCUACGUGCGGGCAGGUGUGUCUCGGGCCACACUGCUGCGCCUCUUCCUGGCCAUGGAGAAAGGCAGGCACAUGGAGUGUGACUGUCCCCACUUGGUGUAUGUGCCCGUGGUGGCUUUCCGCCUGGAACCCAAGGACAGGAAGGGUGUGUUUGCCGUGGAUGGGGAACUGAUGAUCAGCGAGGCUGUGCAGGGCCAGGUGCACCCAAACUACUUCUGGAUGGUCAGUGGCUGCAGAAAGUCCACACCCUCUCUGGAGCCACAGGCCUCACCCAGCCAGAGGCCACCUCCAGCAGAGCACUUAUGACUCCACGGGCCUUGCCGUGUCUUCAUCUGUCUACUUGGUUUACUCUGAGCUUAGGCCCCUCCCUCCCUCC